CGGAGUAUUCCUCCUCCGAAUGGCUACGGUGUCCAAGUCUUUUCUUUACCCCCUCAAGCAUCGAACACUUUAUGAAUACCAUCUGCAGGGGUGACUUGGCAAGCAGGAAUAUGUUGGGAUAUGUCUCAGAGGGUCCAAAAUGUUCGAAAGAUCCGCUCUACGCACGCGUGCCAACUAAAAAGGGUUCCACCCUCUACCUGAAAGGAGCGCACCUGGAUCCAACGAGACGGAAGUAGUUUGUAGAGAUUGAGAAACGCUCCACAGAUUUUCUUUUUACGAUAUGCUUGGCAUAAUUUGAUGGACUUUUUUAAAUCAAGGAUUUGGAUUGCAGUUCCCAUCCUUAUUAUGUAACGUCCAGGUGAAGUGCUGUCUCAAAGCAAUCUACCCCACACAUCUCCAGAAGAAUGAGUGGUCUCCGCAGAGUUCUCCGAAGGCGAUUACACCCCUUAAAACUGGUGAUAGUCGCCCUUAUUUUUGUCACAUUUUUGUUCCUUAUACAACGUGAGGUAGUAAGCCAAAGUCCCACACAAGAAGAGCCCUGGCUGAAGGAGAUAGCUGUCAAGCGGGAUGCCGUGCUGGGCAUGGUGAUGGGGGCCGUCAAUAACUUCAGGGAUGCCAUGCCAAAGAUGCAGAUCAAAGCCCCAGUGCGUCAGCAGGAGACUGCAGGGGACUUCUCCUGUUUGUCAGGGACCUACACGGCUGCAGAGCUGAGGCCAGCCCUGGAGCGUCCACCUCAGGACCCCAAUGGCCCCGGAGCCUCUGGGAAGCCCUUUCACACAGACAAACUGAGCCCUGCUGAACAGAAGGAGAAGGACCGGGGAGAGGAGAAACACUGCUUUAACCUCUACGCCAGCGAUCGCAUCUCUCUCAGCCGUGACCUGGGCCCUGACACCAGACCACCAGAAUGUAUCGAGCAAACGUUCAAGCGUUGUCCCCCCUUGCUGACCACCAGCGUGAUCAUUGUGUUUCACAACGAAGGCUGGAGCACUCUGCUGAGGACGGUGUACAGCGUCCUCCACACCUCCCCUGCCAUCUUCCUCAAGGAGAUCAUCCUGGUGGACGAUGCCAGUGUGGACGAUGCAUUGAAGGAGGAGCUGGAUGAGUAUUUGAAGCGGCUGCACAUUGUGCGUGUGGUGCGUCAGCGGGAGAGAAAGGGCCUGAUUACUGCUCGGCUGCUGGGAGCCUCGGUGGCCACUGGAGACAUCCUCACCUUCCUUGACGCUCACUGUGAAUGCUUCAAUGGCUGGCUGGAGCCUCUACUGGCCAGGAUAGCAGAGAACUACACUGCAGUAGUGAGUCCUGACAUCACCACCAUUGACCUCAACACCUUUGAGUUUAUGAAGCCCUCGCCAUACGGACAGAACCACAACCGUGGUAACUUUGACUGGGGCCUGUCCUUUGGCUGGGAGAGUCUACCGGACCAUGAGAAACAACGGAGAAAGGAUGAGACUUAUCCUAUCAAGACACCAACUUUUGCUGGGGGACUCUUUUCAAUCUCCAAGGACUACUUCUAUCUUAUCGGAAGCUAUGAUGAACAAAUGGAAAUCUGGGGCGGGGAGAAUAUCGAAAUGUCUUUCAGAGUGUGGCAGUGUGGGGGUCAGCUAGAAAUAAUCCCUUGCUCCAUCGUGGGUCACGUGUUCCGCACCAAGAGCCCGCACACCUUCCCCAAGGGCACCCAGGUGAUCGCACGCAAUCAGGUGCGGCUGGCCGAGGUCUGGAUGGACGACUACAAGGAAAUCUUCUACCGACGCAACCAACAAGCUGCACAGCUGGCCAAAGACAGGGCCUUCGGAGACGUCGCGCGGCGUGUGGACCUCCGGGAGCGGCUGCAGUGCAAGAGCUUCUCCUGGUAUUUGAAGAACGUGUAUCCAGAGGUCUUCAUGCCCGAUCUCAACCCACUCCACUUUGGCUCGGUGAAGAAUGUAGGUAAAGACUCGUGUCUGGAUGCAGGGGAGAACAACGAGGGAGGGAAGCGGCUGAUCUUGUAUCCAUGCCACGGCCUCGGAGGAAACCAGUAUUUUGAGUACUCGACCCAUCACGAGAUCCGGCACAACAUUCAGAAGGAGCUGUGUUUGCAUGGGAUGGAGGGAGCCGUGAAGCUGGAAGACUGCCAGUAUAAAGGCCGCAGCACAUUUGUAGGAGCAGAACAGAAGUGGGAGUUAAGGGAGAACCAGUUAUUCUUCAUCCCAGGAUGGAAUCUGUGUCUGAGUGCCCGUCAUGAGUACCCCUCCUUGGUGGCCUGUAACCCCUCAGACAGAUACCAACUGUGGCUCUUUGUCUGAGGACAGGACACACAUGGACCUCGGCACUAGUAGAUGACAUGUGCCUGGGCAUUCUAGGACCAUUAGAGCAAUUGGUGUACAUUUUUAAAUGUAUUAUCAAAUUGAAUUUGUAUUUAUUUUUAUACGUAGAAGAACUGCUGCUGGAAAGUUGGGGAUUUUGAGGAGAAAUGCAACCUCGGGAAGGAAGCAUUCAAACUAAUACUGAAGAGUUUUGUUUUUUAUCAUUCCUUUUUUAUCAUGAUUGGGUUAAGGGAUAAUUUUGCUUCUGUCAUUCAAGCCUACCGCUGUCUGUGGCUUGACGGCACUGCCUGGGACUGAAAUGAGUGACUUUGGAUGGGUACUUAAUGAAGAGAGAGAUUUCAUUGAAGAAUGGCGCUAUUGGCUUAUCUUUUUCUCUUUUGUUUCUGUCUUACUCCAGAGGGAAAUCAACGUUAGAUUUUAUUUUAUUUAAUUACAAAGGCUUGUUCUUUAUUGCCCACACUGAAUAAUUUAUUAAUACAGUAGAUAUGUGAAAACCAACAACAAAAUGGACUCUCAAACAAUGCAAUAGUGCACGUGCCCCUUGCAUAAACAGAAUAACUAAGAUUGUAUGCACCAAAGACUCGUCAAGGGUUACUUUUUUAUUAAAACAAACGUUUGUAUUAUAGGUUAUUCAAUAUGUACCACUACUGCCUCUUUUUGUUAUGCAAAGACAUUUUAUCAGAUCUGACAGGAAGGUACUAGACAUGCAUUCUCCCUUACCACCGCUAGAGGAUCUGAUUCCCCUCUCACCCAGCUGGUUUUCCUCACAAGUAGAUUGAGAACGAUAUCAAUGUGUUGCCCAUACAGUGCCUCUGGUUAUUUUAUGUAUAUACUUUAUGAACAGCUAAUUCUGAUUAAAUGUAAACUCUCCAAAGUUGCAUUUUAACCAAGGGCUUGAGUCAUGUGGUACUGUUAUAUUUGUCACCCCUAAUUCAUAAUAAUACGGUAUUUGCAAGAUGUCAUAUUUUCUUUUGCUUUUACGUACUGAUUUGAUGGGGUGUUCAGAGGUGUUUUGAGCAUAAGUAUAAUGUUUACCUUUUGGGACAGGCUUUAGCAACAUAGCAUUUUCAAACACAAUUCCACAGUCACAGAGGUGGAAUUUGAAAUGUCUGUUGUGUACAGUUAGACUGCAUGAUCUUUUUAUUUGUACUUUUUCUUUAUCUCUAUACAAGAAUAGCUGGAUUUUUCUUGGGCCCCGGCCCCCAGGUACUUUUAGCAAAAUAUCGAAUGAAGAAAACUGUUUUAGAUGUCAGGGUUUUAGGGAAUAAUGCAAGGUUGACACAUCUUAACAAAAAAUACUUUGAGAUGUACAAUGGAUAGUUUAGUUCUUUUGUAAUGUGAUUUUCUAUAUUUGACAACACAUUUAGAAAAAUAUUUUGUGUUUUUGUAUCAUGUUCAUGGGGAUUGCAAUUUUUUUUAUAUAUGUAGGCUAAAAUGGGAUCUGUAGAAAGGGAAACAUUUUAAACUUAGUUUACAACAUGGAAUAUAUGAUUGUAGUUUUGAUUCAAGUCUCAAAGAGCUCCCAGUAUGACACAAACAUCAGUGUUUUGAUGCGAUGAUGUGGCCCAGUUUAUACAGAUCUAUGUUUGUGUCAGAGUGUUGACUGACAAUGGAAUGUUAAAAUGUUGUUGAAUUUAGGGAUAUGUCUGGAUCUAGAACCAAAUGCCCUCGUGAGUGCGCAUUAUAUUUGGAUACUUGAGGUUUUCCAUUUCAGUCAAAGGAACUCUUGUCCUGAGUGCCAUUCUUCAGUUGGCGCAGAGCACCACUUUUUAUGUUCAACAGGAGGGGGCACUGUGCACAAAAUAAUUCCUCCUUGUCCAUAUUACUGGGACUUCAGUCGUUGCCAUGUACAGCAGAUUAUUCUAAUUUUUUUUACAGAAAGAUUUGUUCAAGCUAAAAUCAUUAAACAUAUGAAGAAAAGUAA